AUGGAAGGCAUAACACAGCAAACAAUCUUCUCCGAACUAAUUGAAGUCCUGGAGAAAUGGACAUGGAAAAUUUCCUACUAUUACGCUUUGGUUUUGGGUCUCUCACCGGCGCCAUACAACUUCAAAACACAUCGAUUUCAAUACUCAUUGACCUAUCUGUGGUACAGUGCUCUAAUACAGGUUACCUGCCUAAUGAUGUAUCCCCUGAGUACACCACUCUUUGCCAGUGAGGAGACUCAACAGGACUACUAUAUGCAUAGCAAUGCCAUAUUGGUAUGGACUUACUAUGUGGGCAAAGCCACCCGAAUUCUGGCAAAUUUGGUUUUAAGUUUAGAAAUCUGGCUGAAUCGAAAACAGAUAUUAGACCUAUACCAAAACUAUUGGGCAUUUACAAAGAAGUAUGAAGAGUUUUAUCAACGCUACAAUAUGCAUGAUGACAUGAAAAGUGAACUCAACUCCAUACGUUGCUGUACAAUUUAUAAAUUUUGUUCCUCCCAUGCCAAUUCGAUCACCAUCUCAUGCCUUUAUCUACAAAUGCUACAACAGGCCAGUGUCAAGCAUUAUCUCAUAGAGUUGACCAAUUUUAUACAGAGCUUUUAUUUGCUGGAAUUCGGAAUGGAAUUAUUUGUUAUUAUGUCACAGAUGCAUUUGCAUUUUGUCUACAUCAAUAAAUCGUUGCAGAUGAUGGACCUAGAGAGUUUUUCAAACUCUUCGAUGUUUUUGCGGUGCCAAAUUUUGUGGGGUAUGCAUUUGGACUGUUAUACGUUGACAAGGCGCAUGUUGAAAAUCUGUCGCAAAAUCGGCUUUGUGGUAUUAAUCAAAAUCUUUACCACAAAUAUUAAUAUGCUCUAUCAUGCGGUACAAUUCGCUAAUGGAGGCAUAAUUACGGAUGAAAUUUCCACCAUUGUGGGAUUAUUAUCCAUAGUCAGUUUCUAUUGGGAUACCAUUUUGACUGUGAUAGGCAUAGAUAAUUUGCUAACGUCAUGCAAUCAGACAGCAAAAACGUUGGCCUUGAAUGCCGGCAUACUCAUGGAAUGGCAUGCAGAGGAUUGCUUUUGUAAAAUGAUUUCACAUUUCCAUGACUACUUGGCUUGUCAUCAACUCACCAUCAACAUUUGCGGAUUAAUCCCUCUCAAUAAAUCAAGCUGUCUCAAAUAUUUCCUCUCUGUACUUGUUCACCUAACAGUACUGGUGCAGUUUGAUAUGAAAUCAAAGCCAGCUGAGAUUAGUAAUUAA